GAAGUCGUUGGCCUUCCAUUUUCAUCAAUUCACGAUUCGGUCACCCGAAAUGAAGUUUCCGACGCCGAUCUGACAGAGAAAUCAUACUCUACAGAUACCGUAACGUCGUGGCCAGAUGGCGAAUACUGUAUCAUGCCGGGACCCAGUCUCGUAUGUCCCAAAGGCUUUCGUUCGGGCUCCGUAUCUCUAGCCGUUCCAGUGAAUUUCGGACUGCGAGAGAGAUAUCAUGAAGGCGACAAAGAGAUGCCGUACAUUCGACUAGGCAACCUGGGUGGAUUCAAUCUCGGUGUGAGGGAAUACGAUCACGCGUUCACACUUAAUCUCAACGCCUGUUGCAGGAGUCGUUGA